AUGGGACGCUCGAAUUCUCUUCGGCUACUAUUCUUAUUCUGCCUUCUUUUGGCACUUUCUACUGCUGCGAGUCGCCGUUUAAAGCGUCAAUGUGGAUGCUCAAACUUCUGUAACUGCCAGCAACAACCAGUCUUCUUCGCGCAAAUCUCCUUGCCGGCAUGCUCGUGCCAACAGGCGCCAAUUUGCCAACCACAAUGCCCGAGAGCAGAAAUCAACUCUGACUGCUCCGCUACAUGUGUUCGAGCAUGUAUUCCAUCUUGCUCCAAAAGCACUGGAAACACAUUUGCAUGUUCCACAACCUGUGAGAGCACUUGCGAUAAGACUUGUGCGUCAGCAGCUCAACAGGCUAUGUCGCAUAUUCAGGUAUCCCCACCAAAUCCUCAACCACUUGUUCCAAUUGCCGCUGCUCCAACAGUAGACGACUCCUGUCAGAAUGUGUGCCAGAACGUGUGCCAAGGAGCAUGUGUCUCACAAAACUCUCCACCUGCAGUGUGCCAACAAACUUGUAGACAAUCCUGCCAAUUCGGAUGCGCUACCAACGAACAAUUGCCCACGACAUCUUCUACCUCAACCAACGCACCAACGAUCAAAAUAACUCUUAACAUCAACGAUGCUUACUUCGACUCUAACUGUGCUCCAAAAUGCACUCAAUCGUGCCAUUCUCAAUGUAUUUCCCAAGGAAACCCUGCAGCUUCCUGCUCCAACUCCUGCAACACCGAGUGCUCGGACAAAUGCUCAACACGUCCAGUUCAAGCCCAAGUGCAACAAAUUCAACCCCAACAGGUGCAGAUCACGAUUCCCCAGACUUGUCAAUCGCGUUGCGAGAAUCGCUGCCUUUCCACGUGUACUGCCUCUCAACCAUCAGUCUGUGCACCAUCAUGCUCCACUGCUUGUCAACUAUCAUGUGAUAGCAUUGGAGCCGCCACCGCACCACAGAGCACCAAUCCGACACCAGUUGAGGUGAGGGCGUUGUGCACUCCAACGUGUAUGCCCCAAUGCCUACCGUCCUGUACUGCCACUACCACUACAACAACCACCCAAACCCCAUAUAUCCAAACUCUUGCCCCAGCUCCAGCCCCAGCCCCCGUUCAAAUACAGAUUAUUCAAAAACAAUGUGUGCCUAGCUGUAUGCCAGCUUGCCAACCAUCAUGUACCAAUCCAGUGCCCCUUACCACUCAAGCCCCGGUCCCCGUAGUGAAUCAGUGUAUCCCACCAUGUCAACCUCAAUGUCUGCAAUCAUGCUUGGAACAGCAUAUUCAACCACAGGUGGUCACACAGCUUCCUCAAUGUAUUCCCCAAUGUCAACCGGCGUGUGAACCACAAUGUAUCCAGGAGACUACUACCACUACUACAACUACCACUACCCAAUCUCCUCAGGUAUCCACUGAUGAGCCUGUGCCUGAUUAUCCACUUGACACCACUAGCACCGCACCCUUUCCUAGCACAACUGAGCCAGAGUAUGAAGACGAAGAACUAACAACUAUAGAACCAGAGGUAGAGACUACUACCGAAUCAGUAGAACUUGAAACUGAACCUGAGCCGGAGCCAGAACCGGAGCCAGAGCCAGAUUAUACUACCCCUGAGCCAAUUGACUAUACCACUGUAGAGCCAUACGACUACCCACAAUACGACCAGCCAAGCACUCCAUCCACUCCCAGCACUCCUAGCCCUCCUAGCACUAGCACCAUAACCUAUCCAACCUUACCACCGUCCCAGCCAACACUACCACCCACUCAACCACAGCGGGAUCAGUGCUUGCCAGCCUGUCAACCGACUUGCAAUCAAAAUUGUAUUGUUGCAAUGCAAGUUCUUCUCUAUCUCUCAUGCCCGGAAGCUUGUCGACCAGCAUGUGAUCCAAAAUGUGCGUAUCAAUACCUUCGAAGCAAUCCAUCAACACCACAGCAUUACAACCCAACUGCUCUUGCUUCACAGUCCAGAUGCGUUUCGGCAUGUAUGCCAGCGUGUCUUUUGGAUUGCGUAUUACCAUAUUUUGGCGAUAAGACAUUACCUACCUUAUCACCGAGGGUGGUAGUUGAGCAAAUUCCCGAAGAGAUGCCUGUUGAUUGGGGAAGGUUGAGGGAUCAGGCUACUAAUCAACCACUCUAUCUUCAAGCUUCCACUCAAAAUCCUCAAGGUUACCUCCAAACUCGCCCGCAAGCAUAUGUUCAACCUGCUUCCCAAUCACAACCAGCAAAACCAUCAGCUACGACCUAUGUUCAGCCAUCAUCUGCUCAACAAUCCUAUGUUCAGCCCACUCAACCUUCCCAACAAGCCCACCAAACUUACCAAAAUGCACAGCCUCACCCUCAAGCUCAAACCAUUCAUUUACAAUACAAAGUCACUGGAGCACCGAGCACCCCUACCCUCCAAUUCGCACAAGCUUCCCAACCAACCCAAUCCUUCACACUUGCUCAACAUCAAGCUCAAAACCAAGCCAAGGCUCUUCAUGCUUCUCACGCAGCAUAUAACUCUCCAAGUCAACCAGUAUCUGGUGCAUAUCAACCAUGGUCCGUUCCAAAAACACCCCUGACUAUGCCUGGAAGCCUUUAUAAUACAGCAUCUCCGGUUCCGGGUUUGGGUUCACAACCAAAGUUUCAAAUGCAAAUGGUUCAAGUUGGUGGGGUUCCUAAAAAUUUGAACCCAUCAACCCCAGUUAACUAUUUGACUGUUAAUCUGAAGUCGGCUCCGGGAGUUCAGGGGUCUCAGGCUCCGAUAGUAAAAUUCAAGUCACCACCUACACAGAUUUCACCUGCACCACCACCAGCUAAACAAGCUUCACGAACCAUACCACUUACACGCCUUUUCUCCACCUACGGUUCAGUUCCUAAAUCCUUAUCUAACCAUAUUCAAUCUUCCUCUCUUGCAACACCACAACCAUCGGAGACUAAUGACGUCAUCGACGAUAACACCCCUUUUGUUGACGUUCUUCCAAAAAACGACCCAAUAGAGGAAGAAUGUGUCCCACAAUGCAUGCCACAAUGUGAUCCAUAUUGUAUUUCACAGCACCGCUACAGUCUUCGCUCACCAACAGCUUCACCUGGAGCAUCAUGCCCGAAAGCUUGCAUGCCAGAAUGCUCCAACCAGUGUGUUGCCACUUUGCAAUGUCCACUCUCAUGUCAACCAGCUUGUCAACCUUCAUGCCUUCAGAAGCCACCAAUUAUCAAGAUUACGGUAACUGGACAGCAAGUUGGAUGUGUGGAGCAGUGUCAGCCAGCGUGCGAUCCAAAGUGCAUCAUCGCCACGAUCAAGACUCCGUCUCAACAACCGCAAUUCGUCGUGACGACGACACAAGCACCCCCAGCUCCUGCACCACAACAACAACAGCAACUUGCCAGUUGCCCACAGCUUUGUCAACCACAAUGCACUUCACAAUGCGUUCAGCAACAACAAUGCCCAUGCCAACAAACGUGUCAAACGGGAUGUCAACAACACAAUCCAGACGCUCGUGUCUGUCAAAACGUUUGCGUGGAAGUUUGUGCAUCCGAGUGCCCAAGAACUCAGCCAACAGUUCAGCAGCCAGCUCCACAACUUGUUCAACAACCAAUCUAUCAAACAGUUCAGGCUCCACUCUCCUAUGUCCCAGUGGUCCCAGUUGCCACAUCCGCUCCAUCUCAAGCUUCUGGCCCUCAAAUCACCAUUAACUUUGCAGUUCCAGAGUGUAUUCCAGUUUGUGAGCAAAGCUGUAAUACUCAAUGUGUCGAGAAAUUCCCUCAAGAACAUUGUGGCUCUGUGUGCAAUUCUCAGUGUCAAACCGCUUGUGCAACUCAGACUCCAGCUGUCCAAGCUGCUCCAGCACCAUCCUGUCAGCCACAGUGUCAGCCAGCUUGUGAACCAGUUUGCAUUGCUCAACAAGCUCAACCAGUCAGAAUUCAAAUCAAUCUUGCAACUGCUUCUUCAGUCCUUCAAGCUUCUGAUGCCUGUCAACCAAUGUGCGAACAAAGCUGUGUUCAAGAAUGUCAGUCGACUACUCUGAAUGUUCAAGCAGCCACAUGUCAACCUGCCUGCCAGUCAAUCUGCCAGCAAUCAUGUGCUCCAUUGGGUACUUCUGCUCCAGUCAUGCAAACAAUUCCAGUGGUUCCAGUGGCUACAGCUCCAGUUGCUUCUACACAAUUGUGUGCUCCAAAAUGCAUCAGCGACUGUCAGGGUCUGUGUAAGAGCAACUCGCCACAAUGCAUCCAGGGUUGUGACGCUUCAUGCCAACAACUUUGCGGUACAGCACCAACUCCAGCGGUUCCACUAACUGUCAACUACAAUUGUAACCUUCCAUGUGAUCAGCAAUGUACUCAACAGUGUUAUCAUCAAGCUCCAACAUGUGCUCCAGCUUGUGCUUCAGCAUGUGAAGCUCAAUGUCCAGUGGUCUCUUGCGAGGAUGCUUGCCAAACAGUUUGUAAGGGACAAUGUGUAUUCUCGGGACAAAAUUCUCGUCAAUGUGGUCCUGCGUGUGCACAAUCGUGCAGCUCAUUGUGUCAUAAGAAACGAGUGAAACGUGGCGAGCAUUAAUUGAUCGAUUUAUUCAAUUUUUGGCAGUUUUUUAUUUGUUAGCCUUUGACUAUUAUUUAAUUUAUAUUCAGCCAGCCCACCUGAAACGUUCGGACCAAAAUUCCCCCAACUCUCUGCUCAAUCUUUGACUUCCAGACCUAUGUGGGUCUGGCACGCGUUGUCACAAUUAAUUUAUUUGUAUUUUUUUUAUUUCAAGACUUUGAUAAAAUUGUUCUUAA